UUUGUAUAUACCGUUUGAACGUGUCAAGAAACCAGUCAACCGAUUUAGCCGCUCGUCGCUGGCUAUAUAAAGCACAAAGCAAUCUUGCAUUUGUCAAUUAUUAUAACAACGAUGAAGUUCUUCGUGCUGUUCGCUAUUCUGCUGAUUGCACUGGUGGCCGUUCAGGCAGCACCGCAGCGCGGUGGCUUUGGUGGCCCAGGUGGUCCAGGUGGACGCGGCGGCGGCGGUGGUGGUUCCAGCGCCACAGCCAAUGCAAACGCUAGCGCCGUUUCCCAGGGCAAGGGUAAUGCAUCGGCCACUGCCAAUGCCAAUGCCGAAGCAUCUUCUAGUGGCGGACGCGGCCGACACGGUUAACGAGCAUCAUCAGCACUCAACGGAACACGA